GAUAGAUGUGCUGGAUUCCAAUUCCACCUUCAUCACAUUCUAUAUAUAGAUAGAUAGAUAUCAUCCUCUCCAUUUUACUUCUCAUAGAGGAAGUGGAUCACUUGCUGCUUGAUAUCCUUGGGAGUCAUCAUGAAGGUGGUUGGAUCAAGCAAGACUGUGAAGGUCGGCCCCUGGGGAGGCCAUGGUGGAAGCGGCUGGGAUGACGGAAUCCACACCGGCAUCAGAGAGAUAACUCUCGUAUACGAUCGAUGCAUCGACUCGAUUCGGAUCGAGUAUGACAAGAAUGGGAAGCCUUUUCUGGCAGAAAAGCAUGGAGGAAAUGGUGGCAGCAUGACAGCAAAAAUUAAAUUGGAGUAUCCAGAAGAAUACCUGAUGACCGUAAGUGGGCACUACUGCCCUGUAGUGUAUGGUGGUUCUCCUGUCAUCAGGUCGCUUGCAUUCAAGAGCAACAAGAGGACUUUUGGGCCUUUUGGUGUGGAGGAAGGAACCCAGUUCACAGUGCCCAUGGAUGGAGGAAUGGUAGUGGGUUUCACCGGAGGAUGUGGGUGGUACCUCGAUGCAAUCGGCUGGUGCCUCUCACCGAUCCGAAGUGUGAAGCUCUGCAACAUGGUGCAUCAGAAACUCCAGAAGAUAGGGACUAUGGCAUCCAAAACUUUGGGCAAUAAACAUGGGAAACAUGCCACUGCCAAAUCCUGGAAGACGUAUGCAUGAAGUUUCUUUUCUUUUCUUCUCUUCUGAUGAGGUUUCCUAAUUCAGUACUGCUAGUUGUAAGAUAAUGCAUGUCUGAAUCCAUAUCUGUAUCUGACUUAAAACCAGAGAGAACUACAUAUGAAUUUACAUA